AGAAUCUCACUCCUGUGCCAUGAUCGCGAAGUGUAAAUGGUUCUGCGGGUUUCUUGCGCUUGUCAUGCUCUUGGUGUGUUUCCCUUCCGUUUUGAGAACUUUCCAAGUUCCCGAGAACUCUUCCUCGAUUUCAAUUGUGAAAGACACGAACGACAAUGUUGAUCAGUUCGACUGUGAUCCAUCGAUAAUUCGCGAAAGUCUCGUGAAAUUGCGCGGGAAUUUUUCAUUGAGCACUGGAUUUCGCAAAGCCGAGAAGAAAUUCCGAUGCGUGGAAAGCGUGACAUUUUGCACGCAUGGGGAUGCGUCUUACCUAGAAAAUUUAGCAGUGCUAGUGAUGCGAUGGCGUGGACCUGUAUCAUUGUCCGUGUUCGCAUCGCAGCCAUUCCUGAAGAAAACUGUCAGUGCAAUCGAUUGGUGGAGGAAUUGUGCGGCAACGGAGGAAAUCAGAAACGAAAUCAGAGCGAAUGUUACAUUCCAUCUCAUCACGAAUGCGUCUCUCGAUGAGCUUCGUAGUGCUAUUGAGGAAAAAGCAAUCAAUGAUUGUUUAAUCAAUUCGGAGGCUGUUGCCGUCAAGAAAGACGAAACUGUUACUUUUUAUCCGAUCAAUAUCGCGCGAAACGUCGCCACGGAAGAAGCGACGACCAAGUACAUUCUAAAUGCCGACAUCGAACUUUUUCCGAGCGUUGGAUUCAUCAGGCAGUUCCUGAACCUCAUCAGCCAUAGACGGAAUAGGAGACACGAAGUUUUUGUGCUUCCGAUUUUCGAGGUGGCUGCGAGUGUUCCUGCACCGUCGGUGAAGAAGGAGCUGAUCGAUCUCUACUUGAGGAGAAAGGCUGUGAGCUUUCAUAAAUUCAUUUGUGAGUGGUGUCAUCGCAUUCCGGAACUAGAUGUGUGGAUGUUGGUGAGCGGUGCAUCCGCUGUAAUGGAAGUGUUUUCCGUGGUCAAAAGACGUGGUUCGCAGAGGUUCUGGGAACCGAUUUACGUGGCGACCCGGCGUGAACCUGUUUACGAUGAGAGAUUAGGAUGGAGUGGCGGCAGUGAUAAAAUGAUGCAGAUGUUCGAGUUGUGCGCCGAAGACUACAACUUCAACAUACUCAGCAACGCCUUCCUGGUCCAUAAACCCGGAAUCAAGCGUCGGAUGCCGGACAAGCGGAUUGCUGGUGCUAGUGACAACAAUUCCAUCCUUGUGAAAGCCCUCAUCAGAGAGGAACUACUUAGAAAAUACGGAAACGAUACGGGAUGUGAAAUCGUCGUUUGA